AUGGAAACUUCGGCUGAAAUUCUUGUGUGUCGGAAGCUUCGUCCAUCGUGUAAGAAAAAGAUCUUAAUGGUAGUAUUCUACCGCCCUCUAUCCUCUGACUGUUGGUACUUGACUGAGUUUACAAAAUAUCUUCGCCAAGGUUCCAGGGAGAAAUUGGAUCAACUCUUCAUUGUUGGUGGUUUUAACCUACCAAAUAUUGACUGGUCCAUUAGGAUCUCUUCCACCGAUAGCGACACUUAUAACCUCUUCACCAAGUCAAUCAAGGAUCACUUUGUCUGGCAAGUUGUCGAUUUUCCAACGCAACAGGAGAAUUUAUUGGAUUUGGUGCUCACAAACAUUCCCGAUAAGAUUGUUAACAUCCUAGGAUUUUACGAUAUUUUGGAGUCAGACCAUUAA